GGCAGAGGGUGUGCCUGCCUCUGUAUAAAAGUCCUUUCUCUGCCUCCUCUCCCUCACUUCUUUGUACUCUCUCACUUUUUCAUCCAGCUGUGAUAACUGCAACUUUGAGACCAUGUCUGAUAUCCAGAAGGCCAUGGCACUGCUCAUCGGAGCUUUCCACAAGUACUCCGGUAAAGAGGGCGACAAGACAACACUCAGCAAGGGUGAAUUGAAGGAUCUGCUCAAUAAUGAGCUGAAGGACAUACUGGGGAAAAUCGCUGACCAAGCUGCAGUUGAUAAGAUCUUCAAAGAUCUGGAUGCAAACAAGGACGGUAUUGUGGACUUCCAGGAGUAUGUCACACUGGUUGCCUGCUUGACCAUGAUGUGCAACGAGUUCUUCACCAAGAAAUGAACCAGCACCACCUAGCCACUGUCCACUGAACUGCAGCACAUGAAUGAAUGUACUGUAUGCUGUGGAAAGACCCUUAAAGCCAGUUCAAAGGUAAACGUGUCAUGUGGGGUCAUUUUGUCUUGUGUUUAAAAAAGUGGAUUUUAAAGGAAGAAGAAAACGAAAUAAACUAUUUUCAUAUCUUUUCCAGAAA